GUAUUAUAUUUGACCGUAAGUUAGGAGGACACAUGCGCUCUUUUUAGUUAUUUUCUAAUAGACGAAUGCGAAAAGUCUAAGCGCCUUAUCAGCUGAUUUACCUAACACCAUCCAAUUCAACAACACUCUUCCCGAAAUCCAUUAUUAAUACUAUUUUGUAAGGUGUACCGGUAGUUCUAAGUUUAGAAUUUCAGUCAGAAUAAUGGAUUCUAUAACUCGAGAUAGCACAGCCCCUCGGGAUCAGUUAUUAGCAGAGCUUCAUCGCUGUGCAGGUCUAGGCGAGACCGCCCAUGUUUCGCGAAUGGUGCAAGGGAUGAAGUCCGGGUUGGAUGGUCGCAAUGAGCAGGGAUGGACAGGUCUCAUGCUGGCUGCUAGAAAUGGACACGCUGAUGUCGUCAAGCUACUGCUACAAAAUGGGUGCGAUCCAUUCUUACCCAAUAAAUCAGGCCAGAAUUCUUUGGAUAUAGCCGAGUUCUGGGACCAUACAGAGGUCAUCAGUCUUCUGAGAAAUGACCCCCAAAUCAAGAAAGUGGCCGACAAGGAUCUGAUCAACUUCUUCGGUCUCAACCCUCUUGAUCGCCAGAGUCACCAAAGAACCAACAAACAGUGGUUAGAAGAUGCGAUGCGAGCACCUACAACUACCUUCGUCCUUUACAGAGACUUGAAUCCAUACAUCAUCCCUUCUGAAGACAGCAAUGGAACAUUUCAAUAUAACCUUGCUGCCUUCUCCUAUGCCGAAAUCUCAUUUGCCUUGAAGGAGGAAGCUUCAAUUAUAUUUCUAGGGGUAGGGCCACUCCACAUUUCGAUGAAAAAAGAUGGAAAUGCCCAAGAGAAGAGUUCUGAAGAGGGGGCUUGGUUUGCUUUAGACGUUGCCAGUAUUCCUCCAGAAGAUCUACAGAAAGUCAAACCUGAGGCAGAGUUAUUACCCAAGAGGAAUCGCAUGGCUAUCAUGUUACUGAGGGCAGAAGAUGCUGGAAUCAUUGCUCUGGGCAAGUCAGUGCUGGCCUGGCAUGACAGGUAUAAGUUCUGCCCAACCUGCGGUGCACCUACUACCAUAGCAGAGGCAGGAUAUAAACUUGUCUGCACAAAAGAAGGCUGUAGAAGUCUUCAAGGUGUUCAUAACACCUGCUACCCCCGCCUAGACCCUGUGGUAAUCAUGCUUGUAGUCUCAGAGGAUGGUAAGAGUGCUUUAUUAGGAAGGAAGAAAGGCUUUCCAGGAAAGAUGUACUCUUGCUUGGCAGGCUUCAUGGAACCAGGUGAGACUAUUGAGGAUGCUGUGAGGCGCGAAACCAAAGAAGAGAGUGGGAUCAUCGUAGGCAAGGUCCAAUACCACUCCUCCCAGCCAUGGCCGAUGCCUUCCCAGCUCAUGAUAGGAUGUAUCGCCAAGGCAACCUCCUCCAAGAUCACCGUAGAUGAAGACGAGCUGGUGGAUGCUCGUUGGUUUACUCGACAUGAUGUGAUUGAGAUGCUCGGGUCGUCGGGUGGUUCGGGGUCUUCCGGGGGAGGUAUGUUUGUACCUCCCGGAGCAGCCAUAGCCCAUCAAUUGCUUAAACACUGGGCCAAGAUGUCUCCAAACCUCUGAUCAAUUCCUACAUUCCUCUACAAGAAAUAGAAUAUCUUUGAAUAAGUAUUUGUUUGUCCAUCUGUGUACCCCACUAGCUUGUUAUGAUAUCUCAAGAAUCAUUAGAUCUUUGAAUAGCUUUAAAUACAUACAGUCAUAGAAAUGAGUGCAGAACCUUUUGAUUCAGUGCUAGUAUGCUUUAUCGAGUAGUACAGGCAUACUGAAGCUUUUCAUCUUGCACUCAUAAAGAUUGAUUUGAUUUUCUGUUCAUUCUUCCAUUUUCCUCUAAUAAGUACUAGAUGGAAAAGUUCAGUCUGUCUGUAUUAUAAUAAUAAUAAUAAUAAUAAUAAUAAUAAUAAUAGUGGCUUCUUGUAUAGCGCACA